GAAUUCAGUCGCACUGGGAAGAAAGCCGACUCGAAAGAAGUUAAACAAGCAGUGAGCCGACGCAAGAACAUAAUUUGUUGCAGCUAGGUUCUGCCAGGUUGGAUUCACAGUUACUAUCAGGCAUUUGGAUUUAAAAUAUUCGCCUACUGGGAACUCUGAUUAUUGUAUUAAAACCGUCUGGACAACGAGAAAAAAAAAAUGGAAAUCGCUACUUUGUUAAACCUUGGAUGUUUUGUUUUGUGCUUUUUAUUCUCUCAGAAUGGAAAAGCCUCAGGUAAUACACAGCUGCUACCUGUUGCCACAAAAGUCUGGUGGACAUCUAUCAAUUUCAAGACCAUACUGGAGUGGGAGCCCAAGCCUUCAGGGUACGCCUACACUGUGGAAUUCUUUGGGAAAAUGACUGAUGUGCAGAAGAGCCCCCGCUGCAUAAAGAUUCAGACAACGGAAUGUGAUUUAACCGGUUUCCUGUCGAAUUUGACAGACUCAUAUACUGCACUUGUUAUCUCUGAACCCAUAGAGACUGUCGAUAAGACAGAGGAGUACCCCUACACCCGAUCAGAGGAGUUCACACCCUACAAAGACACAAAAAUUGGGCAACCUACUUUUAAGAUUAAAGAAAAUGAAGCAAAGGACAAUAUUAAGUUGCUGAUAGAGGCCCCCCUCUCCAGCGUCAGAGGCCCUGAUAAUACAUUUCUGAGUAUAGAGGGAAUCUUCAAAAACGACUUGGAAUAUGUUACAUAUUACAGAAAGGCUUCCAGCACGGGCAAGAAAGAAACUAAAUCAAAGACCAAUGAGAUUGAUGUGCCAGUGGAUCAAGGUGAAAGCUACUGCUUCACUGUGCAUGUUGUUAUUCCAUCACGAAGCGAUGAUAACCAGCAAAGCCAGGGAUCAGCAACACUCUGCUCACACUCCAAGAAGCACUUUUAUGAAGAAUAUGGGAUUGGUGUGCUGGCUGGUUUCAUAUUUGCACCAGUUCUUCUAUUAGUUGUCAUCAUCACAUGUGUGUGCUGCUGCAUGCGAAAGAAGAACGCUAAUAAGGAGGUGAACAGCUCUGACGGAAUGCUUUUGAAAGGUGUUUAAGGGUCGAUUAUUGCUCCUGGAUUGUGAUUUUAAGAGGAAAAAGAAUACAGGGUCCAAUCAAGCUGUGAGACAAAAAAAUGUACUAAACUACUGGAAGUGAUUGGAGGGUUUUGUCCUUUUGUUGAACAUUGGAGUAGAAAAUAUGUUUCUGUGAAACACUGAAAAAGAUAUCAUUUUUGCUUAUUUUUUAUAUUAAAUGUUACACAACACUAUGGUACUAAAACUAGCUAGGAACAAGUAAGACUGUAACUCUGAUAAAGUAAGACUAUCUCUGAUAGAAAGGUUGUUUUUAUAUUUAUUUUUAUUCUUGUAUCUUCUUUCAUAUUGAUUCUGUAGAAUUGCACAACCUGAUCUAUUGUAACUUGAGAGCACUGUUAUAAAUGUGAUUAUUUAUAUAUGGUUUGUGGGAUGUAUAUUUAUACCUGUAAUAUAGUUGGUCUGUAUAUUUGGUGUUAUUUUUCUAACAUAUUUAUAAUUUUUAUAAUAAAGUUUUGUGGUCUAAAUUGUUGUAUUUUUUAUCACAUAUUUACCAUGUAAAUCUGUCCUAAUUGUAAUACGCACAAUGAAAUCCUUGCACAAUAAAAUCUUAAAUGGUU